AGUCGGUUUAGAACCCUGGCAAAGAUGUGUUGACACAAUAUUGGACUGCACAAACAUGAGCAGACACUCACAGUAACAGACAGUCAGGAUGAAUGUGGAUCUGCUUUGGUCGACUUUUGUUCUUCUCUCUUCACCUCUCCUCACAUUAUGUGACCCGCUAUUUGUCCUAUCAGCUCCUAAUUUGCUGAGGGUUGGUUCCUUAGAGAACAUAUUUGUGGAGGCUCAGGAUUACUCUGGAGAGGAUCUGAAUGUGAAGGUCACGGUGAAAAACUUCCCGCGGAAAAAUGUAGAGAUAGCGUCCAAAUCUGUGACGCUGAGAGAAGAAAACAAUUUUCAGCAGCUCGUUGACAUACAGAUUUCAGACAACAGGAACCUUUUCUCUCAUGAUCCUCUGGAGAAGCAGUAUGUGCAUCUACAAGCUCAGUUUCCUUCCAGACUCCUCGAGAAAGUCGUCAUGGUGUCAUUCCAGUCGGGGUAUAUAUUUGUGCAAACAGACAAAGCUAUGUACACGCCUGCUAGUACAGUUCAGUACAGAAUCUUAUCUGUGACUCCUGGUCUUCAACCUCUGGAACAUUCUGGUAUUUCAGUGGAUAUUAUGAAUCCUCAGGGCAUCACAACUAUGGGAGAGGUGGUUUUUCCAGAUAAGGGGAUAAAGUCCGGCAAGUAUGCCAUACCUGCACUCGCCAGUCCUGGCAUCUGGAAGGUGGUUACAAAGUUCAAGAACACACCACAGAAGAACUUCACAGCUGACUUUGAAGUUAAAGAAUAUGUGCUUCCCACUUUUGAAGUCACAUUAUCGCUCAGCCAGUCGUACUUUUCUGUCAAUGAUGAGAGUCUUAUAGUCGACAUCCUGGCCAAGUACCUGUUUGGAAACAACGUGAACGGCAAUGCGUUGGUCGUGUUUGGCGUAAUGGACGAUGAGAGAAAAACAAGUAUACCUUCCUCACUGCAAAGAAUCUCGAUUUUAGAUGGAGAGGGUCAAGCCAAGCUCACAAAUACGAUGAUCCUUCAGACUUUCCCAGAUAUCAACCCACUGGUCGGACAGUCGAUUUACAUCUCAGUCAGUGUUUUUACAGAUAGUGGCACUGAAAUGGUGGAAGCACACAGGAGAGGGAUUCAGAUUGUGACAUCACCGUACACCAUCCGUUUCAAGGGAACACCCCAAUAUUUCAAACCGGGAAUGCCAUUUGAUGUCUCGGUUUACAUAACGGAUCCUGAGCAAAUGCCUGUUAAAAAUGUGGAUGUGGAGGUUAAUACUGGAGAGGUCAGAGGUCGAACAAAGGGCAACGGCAUCGCAAAGUUUACCGUGAACUCCCAAGAGGGAACGUCCACGCUAGAGAUCACGGCACGAACCAAUGAUCCACAAUUAACAGAUGAAGAGCAGGCAGUGAUGAAGAUUACAGCACAGGCUUAUGUGACCAAAGACGCCUCCAAUAACUACCUGCACGUUGGCAUUAAUGCUGCGGAGCUACAGAUCGGAGAUCAGAUUAAAGUCAAUCUGAACACAGGAAGAAGUACUGGAGCCAAAGAUCAAGAUUACACCUAUCUGAUCAUCAGUAAAGGGCAGAUAAUAAAGGUGGACAGGUUUAAGAGAAAAGGACAGUCUUUAGUCACUCUCUCUCUACCUGUGACUAAAGACAUGGUUCCAUCUUUUCGCUUUGUGGCCUAUUAUCACGUCGGAUCGGAUGAGGUGGUGUCUGACUCCGUCUGGGUUGAUGUGAAGGACACUUGUAUGGGAACGCUGACAGUUCAGGUGAACGACCCUCAGCCGAUCUACGAACCCGGUGGUGUGUUCAGCUUGAAGAUAACUGGAGAUCCCGGAGCUAAAGUUGGGCUGGUGGUGGUUGACAAGGCUGUGCAUGUCCUCAACAAGAACAGAUUCACACAGUCGAAGAUCUGGGACGUGAUUGAGAAACAUGACACAGGUUGUACAGCGGGCAGUGGAAGAGACAGUAUGGGGGUUUUCUAUGACGCUGGUCUGAUGUUUGAGUCCAGCACCGCUGGAGGAACCAACACCAGAACAAUGCAGGGUUGUCCAACACCUUCAAAGAGAAGACGUAGAUCAAAUGAUCUUCAGCUGGUUACCACUAGACUGGCGGGGAAAUACUCUGGCGGUCUGAAGAAGUGCUGUGUCGAUGGAAUGAGAGACAAUAAACUCGGCUACACCUGUGAACAACGAGCAAUGUACAUCGAAGACGGACAGGAAUGUGUCCAGGCCUUCCUAAACUGCUGUAAUGAUAUGCUAUCUCAGAGCGAUGCAGCUGGAGAACAGGAGAUGAUUCUGGCUCGAAGCGAGGACGACGACUAUUAUGAAAGUUUUGAUGAAAUCACAUCACGUACGCAGUUUCCAGACAGCUGGCUCUGGGGUGAGGAAGUUCUGCCUCUCUGCCCCGCGGAUAACAAGUUAUGUCAAACAACAUCACUCGUCAAAAGCAAACUUUACCUGAAAGAAUCCAUCACUACCUGGCAAAUCUUCGCUGUCAGCCUGUCGAAAACCCACGGUAUAUGUGUGGCAGAUCCUUACGAGAUGAUCGUUUACAAGAAUUUUUUCAUCGAGCUGAAGAUCCCAUUCUCGGCUGUGCGCAACGAACAACUGCAAAUCAGGGCCAUCAUUCACAACUACACCAGAAAAAAGCAGAAGGUGCGGGUGGAAUUCACAGAGACGGAGCACAUUUGCAGCUCGGCCAGCGAGAAGGGCUCGUACAUGACGGAUGUUGAGGUUGACGCCAUGUCCUCCAGGAGCGUCCCGUAUGUGAUUAUUCCUCUGGAUUUGGGCAACCACUGGAUAGAGGCGAAGGCUGUGGCGUACGAUUCGGCCCAGACUGACGGAGUGAGGAAGAUCCUGAAGGUGGUGUCUGAGGGUUUGCUGACUAUAGUGCAAGAAAAAAAUGUCGAGCUCAAUCCUGCUAAGAUAGGUGUGAUGCAUGUGUCCGUGAGGAGCCACAAGCCAAUCGCUCAAGUUCCAAACACACCGGCCAACACGUACAUCUCAAUAACAAGUAAGAAUCUCAGCGCUCUGGUUGAGCAGGCCAUCGGUGGAGGUGUCAUGAGUCAGUUUAUCGUCCAGCCCCGGGGUAAUGGAGAGGAGAUCAUGAUCCUCAUGACCUUACCUCUUAUUGCUGCUCAUUAUCUGGACAGCACCAAUCAAUGGGACGCUGUUGGUGUGGACCGUCGAAAUGAAGCCAUCAACCAUAUCAACACAGGUUAUCAACGUGCGCUGCGUUUCCGUAAAGUGGACGGGUCGUACGCCGACCUUAUGAGCACCCCUAGCAGCACAUGGUUGACGGCAUAUGUGGCGAAAGUUUUUGUGAUGGCCAACGAUUUGAUCAUCGUAGAUAAGAAAGUGCUCUGUAGCGCCCUCAAGUGGUUAGUCAAACAACAGCAGCCAGACGGCACAUUUAAAGAGGACGCUCAUGUAGUUCAUGAAGAGAUGAUUGGUGAUGUACGGGAUAAAGACGCAGACGCCUCUCUGACUGCGUUCGUCCUGAUUGCCAUGCAGGAGGGCAGUGAGAUUUGUGCUCGAUCUUUUCCCAAUCUGAAGGACAGUAUGAACGGAGCCAUUCAGUAUCUGACGCUCAGAGUUCACAGUCUGACCAAUCCUUACGCUGUUGCCAUGACCUCUUACGCUUUGGCUCACGCUGACAAACUCAACAAAGACAUCUUGAUGAGUUACUCCAGACAGAACGAUGCUGGUACUUUUUGGCAAGUUCCCGGGCUGCACCGUCACUCUCUGGAGGCCACAGGCUAUGCCGUGCUCGCCCUGGUGAAGGCCAAGGAGUUCGUGACUGCAGGACAGGCCGUGCGCUGGCUGGCGAGACAAAUAGAUCGGUACGGAGGUCCAGGCACCACACAGGCAACCAUCAUCGUUUUUCAAGCCGUAGCUGAAUAUCGCACGCAAGCGAAGAAGCAGGAUUUUAAUCUCGAUGUUGAGGUUUCGGUGGAGGGAAGGAAUAUUAAUAAAUUAUGGACAUUCACGCGGUCCAACAACUACGUCACUCGUUCUGAGAAGGUGAAGCUUAUGCAAAACUUCAACAUCACUGCAAGAGGGACGGGAGCGGCCUCACUCUCUGUAUAUACUCUGUACUACGCCCUUCCAGAAGAGAAGAACACCGAUUGUGAAAUGUUUGAUCUCAGUGUGCUGAUGACAAAAGAGCGUCAGGCUUCUUCUCCAGGAGCCAUUGAAACAUAUCUGCUCACGAUCGAAACAAAUUUGAAGAAUCCCGACAGAGAUGCUGCCUUGACUGUUUUGGAUAUUGGCCUUCUGACGGGAUAUAAAGUGGAUGAUAAUGAUCUUUCACAGGUCAGUAUUUUCAUGGAUGAUAAUGUCAUUAAUAAUCUUCAGCUAUCUAAAGGGAAAGACAAGUACAUCGAUAGAUACGAGAAGAAGGUGGACCUUUCAGAACGCGGAUCCCUCAUGAUCUUCUUGAAUAAGAUGUCUCAUGAAGUGAGAGAGCGGGUUGCUUUCCGAAUCCAUAAGAUGAAUGAAGUGGGCAUGUUGCAGCCCGCCGGAGUCACUCUGUAUGAAUACAACUCUCCAGAUGACCGUUGUGUGAAGUUCUAUCAUCCUCAUAAGAAAGAUGGCGCUCUGAAUCAACUCUGCCAUGAGGAUCUGUGUCACUGUGCUGAAGAGAACUGUAGUUUUCAAAAGAAACAUCGUAUUAAAGAAUCGCAUCGUGCAGACAAGGCCUGCUCAAGUGAUGUGGACUACGUUUAUAAAACCCGGCUGGAGAAUGUGGACCUCUCACUGCAUGCAGACAUCUAUAACAUGACUAUUGAACAAGUGCUGAAGGAAGGCACCGAUCCGGCUGUAGAAGGCCACUUGAGGUCUUUUCUGGCUCAUCCUCACUGUAGAGACUUUCUGAAGCUCGAAGCAGGCAAAUCAUACCUGAUCAUGGGCCAAACCAAACCUCUUCCCCGCAUCGGUGGAAGCCUGAGGUACAGUUUGGGUGAAAAGACGUGGAUUGAAUACUGGCCCACACGAAAUGAGUCUCAGACUGCAGAAUACAAGGAGCCGUACAUCGGCAUCGGGAUGUUAGCUGAGCAGCUCUUUAACAUUGGAUGCACAACGUGAAGAUUCUCAUCAAAUGGGAAAACUUCACGAAACUGCUGCUAACAAAGUCUUCUUCUGAUUGAGUUACAGAAACACAUAUAGAUUCAAUAGAGUAAUGGUAAAUCAAUAAGAAAGCACAAAACAAUAUAUGAAACAAUACAAAUCUAAAAGUAACAAAACGUUCACAUAACCUGUUGGACUAUGUCAAAGUGUAAUAGUGGCUGUUAUGUAGUGGGGUGACAACCUGCCCCCGCUCCCUAACAUCCAUUACAAUUCUAUUAGAUGUGUAAAUUUGUACCAGAGACUUUAUCACAUGCUUAAACAUGCAAAUAAAACAAACAAAAGUAAAUAAAA